ACAUUAAAUUACCAAACAAGACUCCAACGAACUGCUGCCAUACAAAAUUUGCGGAAUAAAAAUCAUUAGAAAUUACAAAAAAAAAAAAAUUAGAAAUGUGGAACAAAUUGCUAAUAUGGAUGGCGCUUUUAGCUCUCAUCAACAUAGAGAUAACUCUUGGCCUCCCCCAGGCAUUGGAGGGAUCUGCAAAUGAUGUUUUCAAUGCUGAAAGUGUUAAAGAAACCAAACGUUUUACCUUAGCCAAAUUUGCAUAUGAAAAUCUUAGAAGGUCUCUUUGGCCCAAGGAAAUCUAUCCCAAAAUGGCCGAAUAUAUCAGCGGCUUGCAGGAAUGGUGUGAAAGAGAUGAAUCAUGGCUAAUAUUUCCAAAAUAUCCUCAACUUCAAGAGUCUUUGGACAAUUGUCGUAUACUUCUUAAAGGCCUAAUGGCAAAUCCUGAAAAUUGCCCCAAACAAUUGGCUCUACAAAGUAAUCACGAUAACAUACGCUCUAUAUUUCAAGAUAUAGAAGAAGAGAAUGUGAAAAAUGAGUGGACUUCAAGAUAUAUGGCUUUUGUUUUGGAUAUCCGUCCGAUAUUGGUAAAAUCUGCCCAGGAAUUCUAUGAGCAGUUAGCUGAUAAAGUCAAAUCAUACAUUGCAAAUCUUAAGGAGGAAGAAGCAGCUGAGGGGGCCGAUAUAUUGGCUUGGAAUGAAAAAUUUACCUCAGAUAUUGACAAUGUAAGAAAAGAAGUGUCGGUUAUUGAGUUCAUGGGUCUAUUUCCAGAUGAACGAAGCGUUUUGGAGAACAAGUGCAAAGUUCAGUACAAAAAUGUUUUGUAAUAAAUACAAAAACAAAAAGAAAUUUUUUAGUAAUAUCUAGAGACCUUUUUUUUAAUAAAUUUUUUUAAAUUUUUAAAUAAAAGA